AUGGAACCAAUUCAAGACGAUUUUGAAAUUAUACCUGCUACUAGAGAUGAUAUGCAAAAAGUUUACGAUUUAAUUGUAGAGUUAGCAGAAUAUGAAAAAUUAAAACAUAUGGUAGUUGGUGACGUCAAAGAUAUGGAAAAAUGGGCAUUUGGUGAAGACCCAGUUAUUUUUAUCAAUUGUGGUAAAAUAAAAUCAACUGGUAAAAUUAUUGCAUAUUCUUUACAUUUUAGAAAUUAUAGUACAUUUUUAUGUAAACCUGGUAUUUAUCUUGAAGAUAUUUAUGUUCAACCAGAAUAUCGUGGAAGAGGAUAUGGUAAAAAGAUGUUAUUAUAUUUAAGUAAACUUUGUUAUGAAAAAGGUUAUGGUCGUAUGGAAUGGCAAGUACUCAAAUGGAAUAAACCAUCAAUCGAUUUUUAUGAAUCAUUAGGUGCUGAACCUUUAAAUGAAUGGUUACAAUAUCGUUUAGUUGGUGAUUCUUUAAAGAAAUGUGCUGAAAAAUUCGACCAAUUAAAAUAA